AUGCAUUCGGGAUUGCCCGAUCUUCCAUCGAAAGCACUGCGUACGUCAUCAGGCAUCAACACGCACGACGAAGAAGCCACAUCCAAACCAAGGAGAAGCACGGAUGAUGAUGGACGGGAUGCGAUGACCUUUGCUCCUGCCCAAACCUCAUUUGGACGAGGUUCCGCCAUCUUCAACGAGGCAGGAGCAGGGGAUGCCAACCAAAAUGUUUUCGGUGGCAAAUCUCUGGAAUUCGGAGGAAAUGAAGAUGAUGCUUCCUUCAAGACUGUCCGUCUGCGAGAUCGAUUGAAUGAAGCCGACACUGAACGUCGUAAGGCAGAAGAGGAGGCCCAUGCUAGGGAACGUGCUGCCGAAAUCCGUCGUGAAGAGCGUCUCAAGAAGAUUGCGUACAUGAAUGAUAUGCCUGACGAGACUCCCGCUGGAACUGUCGAGGAAUUCAUGUUCAAAGAGGGUGUGCAAGAUCAAUUGGACAAACUUGACCGAGAGUUGGUGGGUCUUGUCCCUGUCAAGAAACGUGUCAAGGAAAUUGCCGCCCUUCUUGUUCUGGACAAAAUGCGUCGUAAGCUAGGAUUCGAGACAGCUGUUCCAUCCCUGCACAUGUGCUUCACUGGGGCUCCAGGAACUGGUAAGACAACCGUCGCUGUUCGUAUGGGACAAAUCUUGGCAAAGAUGGGAUACUCCCGUCGUGGACACGUCGUCCUUGCCACCCGUGAUGAUCUUGUUGGACAAUACGUGGGACACACAGCUCCCAAGACUAAGGAAAUGAUCAAGAAGGCAAUGGGAGGUGUUCUUUUGGUUGAUGAGGCUUACUACUUGUACAAUGCUGCCAAUGACCGUGAUUACGGUCAGGAAUCCAUUGAAAUUCUUCUCAAUGUUAUGGAGAACAACCAGGAUGAUCUGGUCAUUGCCCUUGCUGGAUACAAAGACCGCAUGGACUCAUUCUUCUCCUACAUUCCCGGUAUGAUGUCCCGUAUCGGAAACCACAUUGAUUUCCCCAACUAUUCUGCUGACGAGCUCGUCCAGAUUGCUGCCGUCAUGGCUGGACAAUUGGAAUACGACAUUUCUGAACAGGCAUACCCUGUCUUCCAAGAGUACAUCUCCAGGCGUAUGGAACUGCCUUACUUCUCCAAUGCUCGUACCGUCCGUAACGCCAUGGAUCGCGCUCGAAUGAACUCAGCUAUCCGAACAUUCGAGAGGUACGCCAUCAACGGAGAGAACGGCGGUGUCUGCACGGUCAACGACUUGAAAUCUAUCAAUGCUGAGGAUUUCCAAAUCCUGCUUGACGAUAUUGUCAACGCCGACCAUGACAAGCGUAUCUUCGCCUAA